CUGCGCCAUCUCCUGCGCGGCGCAGCAGUCACAACAAAAAAGAGAAGGAAGAGGAAAAACGACAGCAACAGUCAGUGUGGAUUCGUCGUCGACUCGCCUUGCGUGACAACACGGGCAAUCGCAAACAGGCUUCGGGUUGCUCCCAUUCGACACCAUGUCUGAAUUGUUGCGCUACAUCGACUACGACCACAAGGCGACUUUCCUGAAGAUGCUCAACCAGCAGCGCAUGGAAGGUGAGCACUGCGACGUGGUGGUGGUGGUGGAGAAUAUCGAGUUCCGGGCUCACCGCUGCGUCUUGGCGGCCUGCAGCAACUACUUCAAGAAGCUGUUCAAGAAGCAGACAGACGAGGACAACUCCAUCGUAGAGCUGGACUUCAUCCGCUCGGACAUCUUCGAGGAGGUGCUCAACUACAUGUACACGGCGCGACUGGCCGUACGCAAGAAGGAUAUCAACAUGAUGAUGUCGUCAGGUCAGAUCCUGGGCAUCAAUUUUCUGGACAACUUGUGCUCGCAGAAGCGUGAGCUGACCAACAUGAAGACGCGCGAGAACCAGGCGCCGCCCGGCGACCACGGCUUGCGUGCGCAGGAUGCCAUCCUCAAGGAGCUGGCCAUGGAAGAGGUGCGCAAAAACAGCUUCUACGACACGGGCAUGGAUGGCAUGGGCGGCGCAGGAGCCUCGCACGUGCCCCAGCCGCACGGCUACAACACAGGCUUGAGCAAGGACCCGCACACGCAUGGUUGGGGCUCGUCGGCCUCUAGUGACAUGAAGCUGGAGUACCUGCUGUACGGCCACCGUGACCACGGCUCGCUGCCCGGCGCCGGGGCCAAGCCGCUGGAGCACAGCGCCAAGAAGGAGCGGCUUCUCACUGCAAACCGGCCAUACGGCUGCGAGCACUGCCCCAAGGCCUUCACCACCGCCGCCCACCUCAAGGAGCACCUGAAGAUCCACUCGGGCUUCAAGCCGCACCGCUGCGUGGUGUGCGGCAAGGCCUUCAUCCGCGGGCCCGACCUCAAGCGGCACGAGCGCGUGCACAGCAACGAGCGGCCUUUCGCCUGCCAGCUGUGCGAGAAGGCCUUCAAGCACAAGUCGCACCUGAAGGACCACGAGCGGCAACACCGUGGCGAGCGGCCGUUCAACUGCGGCUCGUGCGACAAGGCCUUCAUCAAGGCGUCAGACCUCAAGCGCCACUGGAACACCAUGCACAGCGGCAACCCCCGACGCCAGAUGGCGCUGUCGCCCGGUGCCUCGCAGCACGCCGCCGAUGAUCAGCGGGACUGGAAGCUGGAGGCAGCGGCCGCUGCCGCGGCGCACUCGCACAAUUCUGAUUGUUGAGAUGGCUGUGUGCAAAAAAAAAAAAAAAAAGGCCACGAGUGGCAUUCUCGAAAGACUACUACUACUACUUGUUCUUCAACAAUGUUUUGGGGUUUCCACGUGUAAAAAUCAAUGUUUAGUUUUCUUCACAAAGCAUCAUUAGAAUGAUGGUCUCAUUAUUACUUUUCUUUGUUUUAUGAUGCACAUCGAUGACCAAGAUGAGCUUAAAGGAGACAUAUUAUGCCUUUUUUUCGCCCCUAAGUAUUUAACCCUCAUUUCUUCUGAUAAUCCACAGAGGUAUAAGCAACAUGAGCUGCUCUGCGUUUCAUCAUCAAAAAGAGGAAUAUCAUGCACACCCCUAUCCAAUUGUCAGGUUUUCUUGAGACCAUGGUACAAUACAUGACAAAACUUAACCUACAAUUUCUACAACUCAUCUUUCACAUCCCUCUCAUGCAGUCAGAUAUCAUAAAACAAAAUGUCGAGAAAAGUCUUCUUUAAUAGCUGGACUUUGGCUGUGGAUAGCAUCUGUCGUGUGGGAUAUAAGUCACAUUAAUUGUGGAACUUUUUAAAUGGUUUCUCAUUCUUUAAUACACAAAUCACAAAAAACUGACACUUGAAUAGGGGGUUAUACUUUUUAUACCCACAGUAUAUGUAUGUAUAAAUUCUGAAACGAUAACUUUUAGUCAUUUUGUAUUCCCUCCAAUCAUCUGUAACUGAACUAUCAAGAAAUAUAACAGUUAAAGUUUUGUUUUUUAAUGAAAACAAACAAGCAGAAUAAAUCCUUGAUUUUUCUAGAAAGUAACCAGGACCUAUCUGUUUAGUUCUCAUAAAAUAACUGAUCAGUUUGUUACUUUUCAUUCAUUCUUUUCUAUAGAGAAAAAAGCAACAGUUUUUUUUUUUUUAAUGCGUCGCCCCCCCCCUUCCCACAGUUUUUUUUUUUAAAGAAUAAUUGCCAGCAGAAUGAGCUUGUCUUUUUAUGUUUUAAUAUUUCUUUUCUAGAUUGUUGAAAGGGUCUGACAUAAUGCAAAUUACUUUUUUGGGGGGAUGAUUUGGAGAGAACAAAAGCAGCUUUGUCAUUCUAAAACAAAUCUAGAUUUCUACGCUCAAUCUCCAGAGAAUAUAACACAAUGUAAAUAAGGGCGAAAUCAAGAUCAGGCGAGUGAAGUUAUUCCUCUUUUAUUUGUUGAUGUAUUUUAAUUUUUGCCAUUUUUUUUCUCCCCCCUCCAGAUCAUCUACCAGGUCAGGUUGACCAACAACAUAACCCGGGGGGUUCAAACUGUUCCCAGGCGUGAUUAAGGUCUCUUGACAUUCUUGGGUGAAAAUAGACUAUGUUUGAAACUGAAAUGAUAUGUCCCCUUUAACUUGAGUUGCGUAUAUUCAUGUGGGUGUUUGUUUUUAAAUGGAUGUGUUUAGUUAGUAUUGAUUGGUCGCACUGUAUGAUAGAGCAAGGCGACCUCUUCCUGCGUUUGUCACUUGGCGAUAAUACCAAAGUGUUGGGUCGCCGUUGACGAAUUUACUGUCAUACAGUAACACACGCGUGAAUGGUCGGUGAUGAACGUCUGUGUAUAUACUGUAGCUUACUUACCCUAAUUAGCUUGUGGCACAAUUUAGAGUUCACAACAAGGAAUUAUGCACAUACAUAUAUACAAAUAUAAAUAUUAAUGACAUUGUCCUACUCCGACGCUUUGACAAUAAAACACCAUUUUGUAUGUGUUAACUGGUUUGUUUUUGUUGCUGUUCAGAGCUCACCUUUUAAUUUAAACGUUUAAGGCCACACACGAAAGGCAAACUGAAUGUCAUUUAAUGGCAAAGCAAGCGAUACUACUACCAGAAUAAAGUCGCAAUGGUAAUGUGAUUUUACUUUUUUCUCCAAUAAUUGUUCUGUUCUAACUAUACAAAACUGCAUUUACAUUAUUGUUAAAAAAAUACCACUUUAUUCUUGAUUAUGAAUGAUCAGAAAUCCAAACAUUACAACUGGCUGCAAAAAGAAGACGACUUAAUUCUUGUAGUAAUACUUCACUUAAAAAAAGUAAGACUAUAUUCUUGUAAAAUAUUUUUUUCUCUUGGAAUAAAAAUGAAACUUUACUCUUGUAGCAUUGCAAGAAUUUUUCUUGGGGAAAAAAAACUGGCCUAUCAAUCCAUUCAUUAUCCGAACUGCUUGUAAUUGUGACUUUCUCAAAAUGCCAUUUAGUGGUUGUCACAUGGCUUUCUCUGUUUCUCGUCAUUUUCAGUGUGGCUCUUAUAUGCCUUCAUAUCUAAUAAUGCACUCAACUUUUUUAUUUGGUUUAAUGUUUUCCAGUAAAAUAAAGAUUAUCAGGGAGUGAGAAGAAUCACACUUCACCAAAGCUUUACUAUAGUCUAAUAUGGUUUUAUAUAACUGACAGGUGAAACUCCACCCACAGGAUGCAAGUAUAUUUUUGUAUAUUUAAUGACCGACUGCAACACUCAUCUAAAUAUUACUUGUCAUUUGUUUUUAUUUGGAAGCAAAACAUAUCAACCGUCACUGUCUCCUGAAUGUGAUAUAUCUGUCAUUUAAAAAUAAAAGCUGUAGCUUGUUUUUUGUUUCAGAAAUGAGA